AUGCAUUACACCGCGGCUGCCCUCUCGGGGCUGCAGAGGCCCCAACGCACCAAACGUAUAGUCGAAAUACCAGUUGCGCCGCCCCGUGCUGUCGGUGAUAUGCCAUAG